UUUUGAUGUUAUGCAAGUUUGCUGAAGUGGGCUCCAAUCCAGAUCGGACUGGAUGCAUUGGCAGCUUAAAAUAUAGAUCUUUUACCUUGUACAAAUGUUACGAAACAGUGUCAGCACAGAGCUAUAUAUAUAAGCCUCCCAAAAUCUGGAUCUGUUAGUUCACACAUCUGGACGCAUCAAGGAGCUUUGUAAGAAAGAAAUAUCUCCCAAAAUCUACAAGACUUCUCAUUUAUCUCUUCUCUUAAUAAUUAACCUUGCUAAAUGAUAUACAAUAUCUACUUAUUUUAAAUAAUACAUUUCAUUUGUAGGUUUGGUUUUUUUUAGUCCUUUCACAUUUGUUUGCAAUUUUCUUUUAAAUGAAAAGCCAUAUGCUUUACAUUUUGUAGCUUGCAAAUAAUUUCUGAUGAAAUAUUUAUAACAUUUGUACCAAUAGUAUAUUGUUUACUAUAGUCUACACUAUUUUUAGACCUAGUCAUUAAUUUUUAUACUUCGUAGACAAUUCUUAUGAAUUAGUAAUAUGUUUAACCAAUUGUUUUUUAUAUGUUUGAUUCUUGUAUACACUUCUUGUUAAUUUUCUAUCAUUUAGAUAAUUUAACAUUUUUUUUUAUUAUUUAUUUAUUUUUAAUCUAGAACUCAUUGCAGCAGCAAAAUGGAUCUUAAAGUUUUAGGGCUUUUAAUUGCCCUAAGUUGCAUUUCAACAUGUUUUGGGUAUCGAGACUGUAAUGUGAAUAACUUCAGAGUCAUGCAAGAUUUUGACAGAUUUCGGGUAAGUGACACACAGGACCUUUAAAACAAAUUGGGAUCUAUUUACUAAACAGUGAGCUGUGGUACAGCGAUGACUUAUUUGUGAAAUCUUUAGACCACAUCAGCAGAGCUGGAAAAAGAUUAGAGAUAUUUUUUCCCAAGUCUACUUUUCCAUCUAAUAUUUUGCGAGGCAGUUCUAUUCCGUUACACUUACUUUGUGCCAUCAACCCCGAAUGCAAUAAUCUUUUCUAAAAUUAUUCAUCUUCUAAAAAAAAAAAAAAAAGUAAAAUCCCUAAUAUGUUGCACUCUAUGAUUUCUUACUUUGACAGCUAGCUGAGUUAAGCUACAGCCAUCAGUAUACCCAUGUGGAUGCCGAAGGGAUAAAAAACGCAUUUUAUGAUUGAAAGAUUCUAUUUGUUGUGAUUAUAGGUAUAGGCCAGGGAUAGGCAACCUUCGGCACUCCAGAUGUUGUGGACUACAUCCCCCAUAAUGCUCUUACACCCAUAAUGCUGACAAAGCAUUAUGGGAGGUGUAGUCCAAAACAUCUGGAGUGCCAAAGGUUGCCAAUACCUGGACUAUAUGCUAUAUUUAGGUCAGUAGAUCAGUUCCUCUCAUUACAUGCCUUUGAUUGCCUUAAAGGAACACUCCAAGCAUUAUAGCCCUCUGUAGUGCUUAUGUUACCAGGAGUUUCGUGUUGAGACCCCCUGCCCCCCAUUGUACAUAGUCAAAACAGCAGAGGUAAUGGAAGCACCAAACUUGAGUUUCUGGCUCUCAGGGUGGGCUAGUGGGUGUGUGGAAUGGAACAUUGUGAAAUUGUCUUCCUUUACUCUAACUGCUACACUAAGCAUGCAUUUAUUAUGCUAGAAUGUUUGCAUUGAAUACCAUGUUUAUCAUCUGUGCUCUCACUUAGUCACUAGCCAGUAAUUCAGUUUCAACUGAAUAUUCAUUUUAUAUGAUCCAAUCAGAUUGCAGCUUUUCUUUAAAGGGUUACUCUAUGCACCAUAACCACUUCAGACGUUGUACAGAUUUUAAUCCUUUUUUUCCAGAGGUGUAAUUCCAUCUCAGGCAGCAUCACUGGGGCAUCAUUAGCGAGGGCGGAAUAAGAGUUUAAGGCUGGGAAUGUCAGUUCUGUGCAUCUUGGGCCUCUAUAGUAAGCAUGCACAGCAGGAUGGCAACAGGCAUCCAGUGGCGGCUGGCCCUUCCCCUCCAUGCCACCCAAGUCUUCCCUGACAUCCCUCUCCAUCUGGCAUGGGCAGUGAUGUCAUCAGAGAAAGAUCGGUACGUCAUGAGAACUUGGGGGGCAGGAUAGGAAGGAUUACUUACAAAACCAGUGUUGUAUUAUUAUCAUCAUUUAUUAUUUUUUUUUGGAGUAACCCUUUGAUUUUUUUUGUUUCCUUCUCUCUGCCACGCAGCUCUCUUUACCAGCUUUUUCUAAAUUGUAGGACCUCUUACCGCUGUAAAUGCAUGUCAGGAAACACUGAGAAUGUAUGUUUAUAUAUGCAAUCGCAGCUCAUUGUUGCUUUUCUACGUAAAGGCUGUUUAACUUUAUACAUUGCUGACUAUUUAAGGAAACUUCAAAUAGGAGAUUAAAGGACCACUCUAGGCACCCAGACCACUUCAGCUUAAUGAAGUGGUCUGGGUGCCAGGUCCUUCUAGGGUUAACCCAUUUUUUAAUAAACAUAGCAGUUUCAGAGAAACUGCUAUGUUUAUAAUGGGUUAAGCCUUCCCCCAAAGCCUCUAGUGGCUGUCUCAUUGACAGCCACUAGAGGCGCUUGCGUGUUUCUCACUGUGAUUUUCACAGUGAGAGCACGCCAGCGUCCAUAGGAAAGCAUUGUAAAUGCUUUCCUAUGCGACCGGCUGAAUGCGCGCGCAGCUCUUGCCGCGCGUGCACAUUCAGCCGACGGGGCGGAACGGAGGAGGAGAGAUGGAGGAGAGCUCUCCGCCCAGCACUGGAAAAAGGUAAGCUUAAACCCCUUUCCCCUUUCCAGAGCCGGGCGGGAGGGGGACCCUGAGGGUGGGGGCACCCUCAGGGCACUAUAGUGCCAGGAAAACGAGUAUGUUUUCCUAGCACUAUAGUGGUCCUUUAACACAUUUAAAUUCAUUUUUAAAACAUUGCCCCAUGUUUCUUGUAGAUUUAGCAAAGGCACAGAAAGGCAUUUUAUGCAAAUAUGAAACAUUGUCUAUAGCUGGUCAUUGUGGAGGACUGACAAUUGCAAUCAUUAAGCCACAGAAAGGCAUAUGAAGCAAAUCUAUGCAAAUAUGAAACAUUGUCUAGAACUGGUCAUUGUGGAGGACUGACAAAUGCAAUCAUUAAGCCAAAGCCCUGGGUGUUUUACAUACGCAUCUGCACAGCACACUAUACUCAAACUUUAGAAGUAAAAGAAUGAGUAAGAUUAAUAAUAAUUCUAUAUUGUGUUGUGGUUAUAUUUAGCAUAUAUAGCCUUGUUUUUAAUGUGAUACCAUUGGGCGGCAGGGUUAUGCAUAAAGACCAGUUCUAAUGCACAUUUUAUAAACAGGUGUUUAGGAGGGACAUUCAAUUGAUUGCUCCACUUUCAGAACUACCCAGCAGAUAAUGAAAAUUAACACAUACAUUGUACUGUACUAAGUGCAUCUACUCAAUGCCCAGAAAACACAUUAAUGUGCCCGGUGACUGGCCCACUGUUUGCAAUUUGCCCCAGAAGUUACAAUAUGUCCGAUUUAGAAGAGGCAUAACACAUACACAAUCUGCUUCAUUUCUAGUAUGCUGGAACAUGGUAUGCUGUAGCCAAGAAGGAUCCAGAAGGACUUUUCCUCAUUGACAACAUUGUAGCUAAAUUUUCAGUUGAAGACGAUGGAAAAAUGACAGCAACAGCUGAGGGAAGAGUCAAGCUUUUUGGGUAAUAAAAAAAAACAAACAAAAAAAAAACACUCAGGUCCCCUCCUCCUCGUCACAGCCAUUUAUUUAUGUUUUAUGAUGUCCUAAGCCUAGUUAAGUCUAUUCACACCCCUUUCUACAUUUAACCACGAUCUCAAUCACACUCAAAUCCCCAUAAUUAGCUUUCAACACCACUAUUUACCUAUAUACAUAAAUGCACAAAUAACCAAACAAAUGACAGAUGCACACGUAUGCGAGUCAUAUUGUAUUGAGAAUACAUACACAAACAGCCACACAUAUAUAUGCAUUGCUUACACAAAUAGCCAAAAACACACAAGUACCCUCAAUUAUAUUGUUCCAUCCUCGCAUCUCAUGCCCCCCAAUUUUAUCGGCCACUUCCUCUCAUCUUCUCAACCUCAUUUAUUUACCACUUUCUCCAAUUUCCUUAUCCCACAUUUCAUUAAUCCCUUCUUAUAAUCGGUUUGCCCUAGCUUUCAUUAACCCAUUCCUCCUAUUUUAUUAAACACAUUUCAUUGAAACUUACCUCCCAUCUUCUUACUCUCAUCUGUGUACCUCAUUAACUACUUCCUCCCAUAUCCUUAACUAAAAUUUCUUUAAACUCCGGGCACCAUAACUUCAUCAGAAUGAAGUUCUCAUUGAGCAAGGAGGUCCCUAGCGCUAGGCUUCAAGAACCAGAUAGGGCACCAUAACAACUUAAUUGAAAUGAAGUUGGUCCUGGGCGCUGGCUUACCUUAAAGGACCACUCUAGGCACCCAGAUCACUUCAGCUUAAUGAAGUGGUCUGGGUGCCUGGUCCCUCUAGGAUUAACCCUUUCUUUUAUAAACAUAGCAGUUUCAGAGAAACUGCUAUGUUUAUAUUGAGGGUUAAUCCAGCCUCCAGAGCCUCUAGUGGCUGUCUCAUUGACAGCCACUAGAGGCGCUUGCGUGCUUCUCACUGUGAAAAUCACAGUGAGAGCACGCAAGCGUCCAUAGGAAAGCAUUAUGAAUGCUUUCCUAUGCGACCGGCUGAAUGCGGGCGCGGCUCCUGCCGCGCAUGCGCAUUCAGCUGAUGACGUAGAGAGCAAGGAGGAGAGGAGGAGUACAGCUCCCCGCCCGGCGCUGGAGAAAGGUAAGUGUUUAACCCCUUCCUCUCUCCAGAGCCUGGCGGGAGGGGGACCCUGAGGGUGGGGGCACCCUCAGGGCACUAUAGUGCCAGGAAAACGAGUAUGUUUUCCUGGCACUAUAGUGGUCCUUUAAGGGCUUACACCUGCCUUGAACGGUGUAACCCCUUAAGAAAACAUCAUGAUUCCCUUUUAUUCCAGAAGUUGUGUCCUUAAGGGGUUAAGUACUUAUUUCUAGUACCGGGAAACUAGAAAGCACUCUCAGAAUGGUGGAGGCCUCACUGAUCGGCUGAGAGCAGUCAGCUGAUGCUCUCAGCGAAUUAGUGACUACCUAUUAUAUAACCUCAAGAUCUUCAGUCCGGCACCUGUCAGCUCUGCCCUACUUCCAAUUGAGUGUGAGACCUUAAUCAAGAAGUCUCUGGCUUGGCACCUCUCUCAUUCUAUCAUUAGCUCCCCAUUUACAAAACAGAAUGAAAAAGGUACAUAGAAAAUCAGACAAUCAGCGAUAUCAUUCCUAUGACUCUAAGUCUCACAUUAAGGAAGGGGGGGGGGGUUGUGCUCCUUUCACGUGCCUAUUCAUGUUCACCUUUGGUCACUAGAGACACAAUGAAAUGCAUAAAUAUUGUAUCUGUUCAUUUAUAAAAUGUUUGUAUUUUUUUUGGUUCUUAGGGACAUGAAUAUUUGUGCAAAUAUGGUGGGCACUUUUGAAGAUACAGAUGAUCCUGCCAAAUUCAAAAUGAAGUACCAUGGUCUUCUAGCAUAUCUUGAAAGAGGACGUAAGUAAAUGCAUUGAUUCAUAUUUUACUGAAUUGUGGCUAGGUAAUUUACUGGCAGUGGUGGACUGACCACUCGGGCACAUCGGUCAUGGAUCAAAGGUCCGAGGCAUUCAGAGGCAUGGCCGAACAGCCAUGCUUUGGCCUAGUGGGGAGAUCAGAGAAAGGCAAAAUUCUACAGACAUAUUCCAGCAAUAAGCUGCAACUUAUCACACUGUAAGUGACACCCUCCACACACAAAUACUAAGUGAAACCUGGCAGCCAUCCUGCUCUCUCUGUGCCAGAUCUCCUCUAUGAUCUCAUCUGUGGUGCUUUGCGUGUGUAGGCGGGGUCUGGGAAGUGACAUCACUUCCUGUGCUCUAAUCUCAUGUAGAGUGCAGAAGAUAGGGAGCAGCAAGGUAGCAGAGACAACCAAUGGCGUACUAAGGGGGGGAGGGGUUUGGGGGAGGCAGUCCGCCUCGGGUGCCAUUCACUGGGGGGGGCCAUAAUGACCAGGGCAGUCUAAAUAUUUUUCCCCUGAUCCAAUCCUUCACUAUGCGAGCGGUAUCACCGCAUAGUAUAGGACGGACUUGCUCCUCCUUCAGACCUCCCCUGUAGCGAAUGUGCGUUCCAUGACGUGGUGUGUGUCUGAUGGUCUGCCAGUAACUGUGUGUGUGUCUGCCUGUGAUUGUGUAAUGCUGUCCAUAACUGUGUGUGACUGCCUGCCUGCAACUGUGUGCGGGACUGUCUGGCUGCGACUGUGUUUGACUGCCUAUAACUGUGUGUGUGACUGCCUGAGACUGUGUGUGUGUGUCUGCCUGUAACUGUGUGUGUGACUGCCUGUGACUGUCUGCAUAUUACUGUGUGUGUGUGGGGGUGCAGGGUUUUUAUACUUCAGUAGGUGGGUGGGGCUUAACACGGCCCCCACCCACUGCUGCUCUUCUAGGGGAAGCAAGAACGAAUUCCUGCUUCCCCAACUUAGACUUCAAGGGUUCUGUAAGGGGGGCUGAACAGGGGAUUUGGGGAAGGUGGAUGCAGAGGUUUUGUAAAAGGGUGCAGUACAGGGGUUUGUAGAAAGGGGGCAAGACAGGGGUUUUGUAGUCAGGGAAUUUACAAAGUUUACAAAUCUGUGUAAUACAUAAAAAAAAGAAAGAACGAACAUUUUAAAAGUGUUGUGGAUAUUUUUUACAUUAUAGAGGGGUGGGGGUGCCAAAAUCAGCAGCAAGCUCGGAAUAUCUGAAUGAGACUUGCACAAAGAAGUAGUAGUAGUAGCCAAAUAUCCUUGCACCAGGACGGGGGCCUUUAUUUACUAUUGCCAGGGUUCCCAUGAGCUGCCAGUCCGUCCCUGUUCAGUGGUAUACAUUGUAACCUUUGUAGGGAUGGAUGAUGUUUCAUAGUGUGAAACAAUAUAUAAAACAUGUACUAAGGAAGUGAUACAUUGAUUUUUCUUUGCACAUUAUGUUGUGCUUUAUCACAACCAAAAAUAAUCCAUGCUAGUGUGUCUUCUAGACAUAUUGUUUGGGGAUUCCUGGAAAAAUCAGACUCAUCUGAGCUAACAACAUUACCCAGUUGGGUUUCAGAUAAUGGGCAUUUCAAUCCGCUACAAAUAAUUGUUUAAGUAAUUAUCUUGUAAUAAUUUAUUCCAUUUGGAAGCAUUAUAAAGAAACUCAUAGUGUCUGCUUGUGUUUUGCAGGUGAUGACCAUUGGGUUGUGGACACGGAUUACACCACUUAUGCAAUCCAUUACUGCUGCCGUAAACAAAACGAGGAUGGCACCUGUCAGGACAGUUAUUCUUUUGUGUUCUCCAGGGAUCCAAGUGGACUUACUCCAGAGGCACAGAGAAUAGUAAGGAAAAAACAGGAAGAGAUUUGCUUGGAAAGGCAGUACAGAGUGGUUCAGCAUUACGGUAAGGAAGACACAGGCAAAAAAUAAGAAUUCUACAUAAAAAAAAAUAUAUAUACACACACUUCUUUACAUUCUUAUGCAUAAAAAUUUAAAAUGUUAUCCUCAAGAUGAUAGACAGAUAGACCUUUCAAUACCCUGUGGGAAAUUGUUGGUGCAAAAGAAUAUCCAAUUAUUCUUGUCGGUAAAAAGGUAAUUUUACAUUUUAUCGAUAGAUCCUUUCAUUUUACAUGAAGUUAUUUAUAAACAAGGGUUUUUCAAAUCAAAUGUAAUUCAGUUUAUGCAAUAAUGUGUGAAUAGUUGACACUUCAAAAGUGAAUUGCAAGUGAAUUUAAAAUUUGGGUGAAAAUAACCGAAUUAUGAAAUUUCACUAGUCAACUAUUUUUGAGCUAGAAAUUGAAAUUCACUUUGAAUUCUUGAAAAUCAGAACUAAAAAAAAAAUUUAAUACACCAGUUUUUUUUCUAAAAAAAAUAAUAUGAGCAACCAAACCUGAGGUUUGCAGGGUAAGUCAUCCCAUAUGCAAAAAAAAGGGGUUAAGGGCUGCGCUAAAAAAAUAAAGUAAUAAAUAAUAUUAAAACCAGAUAUAAUCAAUAGACAAAAGUUCGUCCAAGAAUAAAUUGAAACAGUCUCACUGAUAUCUGAUGAUAAGAUAAUAAUCCUCAGGUGUUGCUCCUUCUGUAUGGCAUAUAGUCCAUAUAUGUGGAAAUAAAAACAAAAAGAGAGCUGCCAAUGGUGAAAUAUUGUAUGUCCAGAUGUAAUGUAUAAAUCAAGAGAAAGAUAUUUCACUCACAUUUGUUGGAGCUUGAGCCAGCUCUAGGAGAAGAGACACUUAGUGGUUUAACCCCAACUAAAGGAUAUACUUGGAUGGAUGGUCCGUCUGUCUGGCUUGGAAUUCCCUUGGUGUAGGCUGGGACCUACUCAGAUGUACGCAAUUCUUUGGUGCUUAGGAGAUAGGUCCGCCUCUUCCAAUUUUGGAUAAUGGGUAUCCACGAAAUAUAUAAAACAGCAGAUAGUGCUCUCAGUGUGAACAAUAAAGUAAUAAUUAAUAAAUAACUCUUGGUUCAGCGCAGACUCUUCACCCCUUUUUGUUUCAUAAGUCAUCCCAUAUGGCUGUUUUGGACAACCAUAAAUUUUGUAUUGGAUAUAGUAUUAGUGAGUAUAUCUAAAACACUUAUGUCAAUGGAUUGUUUACAACUGUAUUUUCAAACUUACAUAAAGUGCAAUUGUUACCCUUCCGGAGCAUGGCCCAUCACGGGUACUGGUGCAUACAUACCCAUAUAUAAGGCCCUCGAGAACGGGAGACUGCGGGAUCUUCCCUCGCUAUUAGGAGACAGGCCACGAACCCCUCUCCUCCAAUUUAGAUACCUACAACUGAAACAUUUCUAUGAAUCACUACCGCACAAAAAUUACAUAGAGACCUUACGUGGUUUGAAGACUUCUGCGACCGAGGCACCUCACUAGACACGCAAUUUCGGCACUAUAUCAACAUCUACUAAUCGGAGGCACCCCUACGGCAAAGACGUUUAAACAGCAAUGGGAGGAACAACUUGGAAAAUCGCUCACAACCCAGCAUUGGGAUAAAGCGAUGUUGUGGCAGCAUAAGAGCUCUAUGAGUUCCUAUUACCAGGAAAUGAAUUACAAAUUGCUCUCCCUAUGGUAUAGAACACCAACUUUACUACACCGAAUAUUCCCAUCAAUUCCCCAGGUGUGCUGGAGGUGCCAGGAAAGAUGUGGCACGGUGCUACACAUCUGGUGGGAGUGCAGAGAUAUCACCCCAUAUUGGGAAAUGAUUAGGGACACAGUGAAGCUUAUCCUGGGAGACACACCAGAGUGGAAUGCGGAAUUGGCAUUGUUACACAUCUCGACACAACUCAUAUCGUCGUACAAGAAAUCGAUAUUACGACACCUGCUUAAUGCCGCCAAGGCCAACAUACCAGCCCACUGGAAAAAGAGUGAAGUACCAACUAGAAAAGAGUGGAUUCGCAGAGUAGAAGAUAUUCAAGGAGCAGAAGAAGCACAUGCUACCCUGACAGGACGAGGAACCAGGUGUAACGGAGUCUUACCUGAUAGGGAGUCCAGCUCGCAGAGUUAUACGCUCACCCUUGCAAAGUAGACACAGACCAGGGUGACCAGGUAAGACGCCACCUGGCCUGUGAGUCUGUGCACGGGGGCUUUCCAGGAAAGGUGCUCCAAGACUCAGUACAGCAAGGAUAAGCAGAAGCGUGGUCAAGGGAAGCCAAAAUCAGGGAAGCCAGAGGUCAGAGUAGUCCAGGAGGAAAGCCAAGGUCAGAAGCCGGAAUAGACAAGAAUCACUGGAACGCAGGUACGGAGUAACAGGAACCAAACAAGGGAACCAGAGUCAAUGAACUGACACCCCUCCCAGGGUGAGGCAGGCUUUUAUAUCCUGUUAAUUAGGAUCAGAUUCAGCUGGAGAGUUACUGACAGAUCAGAGCCUUUGGUGAAGUCCAGCCCCCUGGUGCUGCAGGCAAUACAAGAAUAAACAGGGAGUUAUCCAAAGUCCUGAAAUGGCUCAGAGGAAGAACAGCAGGAUAUGGUCCAGAAGAACCACAGUUCAAAUCCCCUAUCGGGCGCUUCCAGAGCGACCACGUCUGGCAGACUGGAUGUCACGGCGUGGACCGUGACACCAGGCAUGCGGAGCUGCGGAGCUCCCGUUACCGUCGUGAUGGAGACACACCGGGAAACACAGCAGUGGUACAGACUAACACGAGCCUUACAUGAGUUUCACAAAAACUAAGGUGAUAAAUUCAAUGUUUUGGCAGAAGUGAGCAUAUAUGUACCCUAUAUGUACCCUAAAGUAGGGAGAGGUUAACUAGAUCUACUCCCCAGAAAGUCGACUCGGACCUGCGAGUCCCAUUAUGACAUGAGCCAGCAAGCCAAUGGGUCUUCAAAACGUAUAUUUCUCUCAUGGAUCCCGAGUUUUCAUUGUUUAUGUUAUGCAAAUGUUAUAUAAAAGGAUUAGACCGGCGAGUCUUACUGUUUAACUUACGAUGAACCUACAAAUAAAUAAAAAAAAUAAAAAAAAAAGUGCAAUUGUUAUAAAGAUAUUAUGUUCUAAACUUCUAAAAAAGAGGAGCAAUUGUGAACAUUCCAUUAAUAUCCAUUUUUUUUUUUAAAUAUAUAUUUUCUAAAAAGUCUCAAAGUAAAAAGUACAAUCAUGCAUUUAACCCACAUGAUUAUUUAAUGCUAUCAAUUACCACCACCUAACAUGGUGUGUAGGCGAAAUUAUCUGCUGAGCCCACCAGUAUCUCAUUGUUUGAUCUAGUUGUACAUGGACCUUGAGGACAACAUGCAAUAUUUGGUUAAAACACAAAAAAGUUAACUAUUCCUAUGCCUGACUCUACAUUAACAUUUUUAUUGUCCUCUUUUACAGGUUUUUGCAACUAAUUCCACAGAACGGAGUAACAUUUGCAAGAAUUUCUAAUUUACAACAUCUAAUUAUAUUCAACAUCUUUUAUGCUUAUGUUAUGCUGAUUUAAGAUUAAUAACCAUGGAUUUGUGGCAAUGUAUUAAAAGAUUAAAAGUACAAAUGUACAUAUUUUAUACUAUGUUUAAUUAAAUGAUGUUUAUAGCACUUCAGCCUUUAAUAGCUUGAUACAAUGUUCAUUUCUUAAUUGAUUCAUGUUUCCAGAGGUAAAGAAAAAUAAAUAUUCUUUCUACUGUACAAAAACAGCAUUUUUCUCCCCAUUUGCUUUAUUUUUAUUAUAACAGACAGGAAAACGGUA